AUUCGCGACCCGCGUAUACUUACUUUCCUUUCCCUACCUCUCUCGCGUCAUACCGAUUUUCCUCCCACUCGCCUCAUCGCACCGGGAUCGUUCAAAAGCGGCCGCCAACGCAACCGCAGUCGCCGAUUGCCGCAUCGAAACAUUAGAUACAACGCGAAAUCAUCGCGCGAAUCGCGAGCGUAAAAAGAGCUCUGUGUACCUACAAUAAAUCCCGCCGCCCUCCGAAACAAUCAAGUGCUGCCCCCUCUGACGGUUGAACAAACUCUCUCCUAUAAAUAUACAUAUAUUGUAUGCAUAUAGCUAUACUAAACGUAUGAAUUCUCGGCGCCGCGGAGUCGCCGUUGGAAUUCCGCGUAUCUGUCGCGCGAGCGGCGAGAUAACAGCAGCAGCAGUAGCGACGAUCGAACAGCGGCAGGCAGCUCCACGUCAGUAGUGCUGCUUCGCUGCUGCAAAGUGGUGUCCGCGCCCGCGCGAGGGCUAUAAAAAAGUGUAUAUAAUAAAUAACUGCGCUCGUGUAGAAGGGGUGAACGCGCGCGCGUGCGAGAGUGCGAGUGACUCUGUAGGCUUGGCAUGUGCCUCAGCUAGUUCAGUUCGGUUCUCGCGAUCGAUAUCAAAACGCAUUCGGCAGUGAGUGACUGUGCAACGGAGGAGGCCUGCCGUAGCCCUUUCUCGAGGGACACUGCAUCGCCGCCGCCCGAGGAUUAUUGUAGGACUUACAGUACACGAAGUCAAGGGGAGGCUGCUCUUGUCAACGAUGUGUCGUCCCAGGGCGGAAACAUGAAAGUUUGCGUUGCCCACGUCUACUGGAUGCUGCUCUUUACGUCCGUUGUGUCUAGUGCACUUCUCUUCCUGAUCGUUGCUUCAGAGAGUAUACAAAACAGUAAAUUCAUUGGCCCAGACAGAAAUCAAGUUGUAGCCCAAGAAGAGAAUGUUUCUUUCAUCGAGGACUCCAAGGACCAAUUCGAGUCAGACAGCCAAACAAAACCUAACAUUAAGGUUUCUUCCUCCCUGAAGAAUAAAAUAAUACUGGAAUCAACGCUUCAAAAUACGCAGGCACCUCUAUCAGCAAGUUUCGAUGUCUCCAAUAAAAAUGAAGAAUCCAAGAUCCCAGAGGAAAUAGAAAUCCUGAAAGAAAGUCUGACCCAGCAACCGAAUUUAUCGCAAGGAAUAUCAGAUGGAGGUCAAGCGGUGGUCCUCACCCUGGUGGACACGACAGCAGAUCUGCAAAGUCUUGCCUCAGGUCGAGCGGACUUUUUAUCAAAAUCAGCUUCUGGAGCCGAGGCUAUCAGCAAUGUCUCGACGGCCGAAGAUUCCGAGGAUGACGAGCUCGUACGGAUCCCCCAACUGGAGCUCGAAGCCAGCAAUGGGACAGAUUUGGCGAAUAACGAGACGGACGAAACGGAAUACAAUGAGGGAUCAGCUGAUGUGGUGGUGGUUGUCAGGGCUGAGCAGAGAAGCACAGCUGCGAUAGGUGAUCAGCUCGCUGAGGAGGAUAGGAAGGAGGCUGAGAGCGACGAGGAGCCGGAACAUGAGGAGGUGGACGUGACGCAGGAGCCACCGCAAUUGCCAAAGAGCCCGACGACGGCGCCGGAUUUGAACGACAGCGCGGCCCGAGCGCGACUCACCGGAAGUGCCGACGAUAGCUCAGCCGUCAUUCUCGACAGCUUCGUCACCCAGGGACCCAGUGAUCCUCAUGAGGAGAUACCCUCCUUUAACGAGUGGGCGCAGAAGAGACUUGAGGAGGCCGAGAAAAAAAAGACGCACCCAAAUGUCUCGGUACAGACGGCAAACGGCUCUCCAGGUCGAGGCGUCGGUAACAUGCGGAUGCGCUCCAAGAAUUACGCCUCUCCAGACUGCGGCGCCAAGAUUGUAGCUGCUAAUCCGGAGGCUCGCAGUGCCCGUAGUGUUCUCGUUUCGACACGCGACGAAUACAUGCUAAACACCUGCACCAGCCGCGUCUGGUUCGUCGUCGAGCUUUGCGAGGCCAUACAAGCUAAGAAGAUCGAACUAGCGAAUUUCGAGCUGUUCAGUUCAUCGCCAAAGGACCUGUCUGUUUACGUAAGCGAUCGCUUUCCGACGCGCGACUGGAUGCUCGCGGGCCAAUUUACAGCCCGCGACGAACGUGAUGUCCAGAGUUUCUCACUUCAGCCUCAUCUGUUUGGGAAGUUUAUCAAGGUUGAGCUACAUUCGCACUAUGGCUCCGAGCACUUCUGUCCGAUAUCUUUGUUUCGGGCCUAUGGCACCAGCGAGUUCGAAGUGUUGGAAACCGAGACGGACACAGAUUCACACUCUGAUAGUCGCAGACGUGAGAUUAGCGCUGGAGGCGAUGUCGUUGCUGGCAGCGAAUUAGAAAAUGAAGACGAGGAUGAUGAAGACAGCGUGUUUGAAGAGGAAGAGGAAAGUACGAGUGAACCCCCUGGAAAUUUAUUCGGUAGCGCUCGCGAUGCUGUACUCAGUAUUGUAAAAAAAGCAGCAGAGGUCCUUGUCAAAAGCGACGAUCUAAAAUCUACAAAUAACAUCACGAAGAUCCAGGAGAGUAUCAGAGGGGACGUGCUCGAGGAUGAAACCCUCGACGAUUGCACCACGCCUCUAUAUAACGUGGCUUGCCGCGAUUGCAAUGACGAUCGAUUCGCUCGUGUCUUUCAACUAAUUAGUUGCAAAGAACAUUACUUGGAAUCUUUAUUAAAUACGGGGUUCGUACAAGAAACGCUCGCAAAGAGUCAUCUGUGCGGCAGCAGCUCUGGAUUCGACUUUUUAUAUGAUAAGGAAGCUUGUACUGAUGGUAGCAAAGCAGUUGCCAAUAGGAACAACGACGCUUCGAACUAUUACCUUCAGGCACAACUGUUGUCCUCGCUCUUUACACCCGACUACAUAAUAGCCUUAUGCAACGUGUUAGCAGCUCGCGAACAGCGACUUUUUGUAAAUGCCAGCCAUCAGGAGCAACAGCAGGCUACUAGCGAUGGCAUUCCUAAUAAAACUCGUGCUGAGCAGCAAGGUAACCAAGUACCGCUUGCCAGCACCACCAAAGUCGAGAGGGUUACGUCCACUCGAGGCGCCGACAUCGUCUCACCAACCACCGACAGUCAUAAAACCAAAGCCGAUGCGCCCGUGAUAAAAUCCAAGUUAGAGUUAACGGAUAGUCCGACCCUCAGCGAGAGUCUUAUUACACAGAUUAAGCCGACCAAAUCAAGUGCGUUAAAUGAAGACGCGAAGAAACAAUCAAUGGCCACAAAUUUAGAAUCCAGUAGAAGUCACCAGACGGAAGACGGUAAUGUUCAUAAAGUUGAAGGUUCCAUGACAACAGAGUCUUCUGUGCCAGUGGUUACCAAGCGAACUACCUCGCCAUCUUCAAGCUCUCAAGAUCACACCCAAGUUCCGAUCAAUCCUCAGGAAUCUUCUAGCCAACGAGACGUACCGUCAGCAACAAAAGUCACGCAUACUGGUUCACAGCAAAAACCAAGUGAAAAGGCAAGCGUGGACAGUAGUGGCGAGACAGAAGCAAAGAGUGAGGAGGAAUCAGAAGCGAAAACUAAAGCAGAGUCAGCUGAGCAAGAGGCGAAGGUUACAACGCAGGGACAAGAUCAGCUAAAUUUCGAAGGUUUUGAUUUCAAAGACCUUGAAGUAGAGAGCUUGCAGGCCAAUGGGGCUGCAAAAAUUGAUGCCUCUGUUACACAGCAGACGGCCAGUAAUAUCGGGACUCCUCAACAAAAGGAGUCCGUUUUUCUCAGACUUUCUAAUAGGAUUAAGGCAUUAGAACGUAAUAUGUCGUUAAGUAGUCAGUAUCUCGAAGAACUGAGUCGUCGCUAUAAGAAACAAGUCGAGGAAAUGCAGCGUUCUCUCGAACGUGCCGUGACGACCAUGAACGAGGAAUCGCGCAAGGGCGAGGAGCGCGAGUCCAAGCGUAUCAAGGAGGUUGCUGCUCUUCGUGGUCAAAUAGAUACUCUAACGAAGGUCCUCGAUGACCUCGUGUACGAGCGCAAUAGCUGGCGGAUCAAUUUUUCUACGCUACUCCAACAUGGAAUCUUUGUUCUCGUCGAUGUAGUUAUAGUAAUUCUCAUACUGUCUUACUGCAGGCGAGCCGAUGACGAUUUAGAUAAUUAUGAAGACGAAGAUGACGAGAAGUCUAUAGUUGUAAGGCCGAAACGGGGAAAGAACUACGAGAUUGUGAAGCAGACGUGCAUACAGUUGACAAAAAAGACAAAAAAACGACGGCCAAGCGAAAUUGCAUCGCAAGUCUCCGGAACUUACGAUCAAUUGAUGAUUGAAGACGCGAUGGUUACUAGCCAACUAUCUAAAAAAGAUAGGCGAAAGAAGCGUAGGAAAGAAAUAGGGAUUCUUAGAACUUCGUCCAUUAAAGAUAACGUCAAGGGAGAUGGGAGUUCACACGAUGCAAAAACGAAACUGCCAUCAAGGAGCGCCUCCGCAAAUGAUGCAUUGUACUCAUUAAACCCAAAUAAUGGCAGCAAUAGCUUAACAAAUUUGGGGUCACAACGCCAGAGUAGACCCGAAUCUGCGCCAGACAAUUCAAUAAUUUACUUUGAUGGAAGAGAACAAUCACAGCCAACGCAGUAUGAUAAGAGAGUCCAGAUUCUUGCCAUGGAACAGAGUCAUGAAGGCUUUACGAAAAGUGACGAUGAAGCAGGAAACAAUUCAGAUGGAUUAAAUGUUUCUGUCUCAUUAGAAGAUGAUGCUUUUGAACAGGUGGAUAGUAGCCCUAGCAGUUUUCGCAAUAAAGUCAAAAAACUGUCUCCACCUGCCUUUAUGAGAACAGCCUUAGGUUCGAGAAGUAAAAGAAUAUCGUUUUCCGGUGGUAGCAACAAAAAAUUAUCUCAAAGCCUUGACGAGUCAAUGAUCAAGCCCUUGGAGAGGAGAUACGACGGAAAAAUGGGUUCACUUUCAGAGUUUGAAGUCAGCAAUGGCGCCGGCGAUGAGUAUAACAAUGGUCAAGCAUCAAAUGGUCACGUAGAGGAGAGCGAUGAGUCGAGGUGCAGUAGCGCGACUCCAACCACAAGCUGGAAUAAAAAAGAAAAGAAGACCAAUGGUCUCAAGAAAAUGAGACGCCAACCAACAAACUAAUCGUCAGAUUAAAAGUAAUUUUAAUAGAUACAUAUUUUAAAAGUUACUGGCAAAAUAAGAUGGAGAAUAUUUUAUGUAGUAAUAAUCAAAUGCGUAAUUUUUAGGAUGAUGUAGCGUGAAAUUUCAUUUUUGUAUAAAUGAAAAGAAUGUUAUAUAAUGAAAGAUUCUCAACCUUUUGUAGUGAAACUAUAAGGUAUAUGUGUUUAUUAUUUAUAUAAAAAAAUUUCCUACAAAAAUGAAUAAAAGUACUAAAUACGACACUAAAAGAUGGUUGAUGCAGGUAGAAAAAAUGAUGACAUAAUAAGUUCAAUGAAAGAAAACAUUUGCGUAUAGGAUUAUUCAAUUGUGAUUUUUCAUAGCUUUUGUUAAUUGUAGUAUGUCAAAGUGCGUAUGCUUUGUAAACGAAUUCUGUGAUAAAUCACAUAAAAGUGUAAGGCACAAUGAACGAGGCUAGAUUGUAACGAAAUUUUAACUAGUUGAAAACUCGAAGAGUAUAAACAAUAGUCUGGGCAUUGGUUUGUCUUGAUACUUGCAUUUAAACAUAUAUCGUUAUUAAUUUUUCGUUAUUAGCGCAUUAGCAUAUUAGUCAUUGACUUGUGAGUAAAUAAGAGACAAUUUUACUAAUUAAUAUAAAAAAAAAAACAAUAGAGUUCGAGUGUGAGGUGAUGUCCAUUGUCUUUACUUUGAUGCAGAAAAUAAUUCAAAAAAGUUUUAUUUAUUUUUGUAUCAAGGUUUUUGCUAUUUUUAUAUUUCAAAUAUUAUAGAUGCAUAGACUUAAUAUAUUUCAAGCAAAUAAAGAUCAUGAAAACAGAACCUUAUUUUACUCGAUCUCGAACAUACACCUACUACUUCAUUUAUAUUUAUUUAUAGCACAGUGUGGCUAAAGUCCGCUGUUAAGUCACGCCUAUCUGUGACUAAAGUAGUCCUUUUUUGCACCGUGUUUAUCACACUCGCUACGCUCGUGCGCUAACCUCACGGUGCAAAUAAGGACUACUUUAGUCACGAAUAGGCGAGUCUUGCGGACUUUAGCAGUCUGCGCUAUAAAAUUUUAUACGAUACUCGUGACUUAAAUGGUUCAGUUUUACACGGCGCUUAGCGCCCUUGCUACGCUCGGGUGCUAACUGCGCCGUGUAAAAAACAACCAUUUAAGUCACACGUAUCGUAAUGUACUAUUGUUUACAUAUUUAUACAAAUUUAUGCUGUAAGUUAAUGAGAGAAUAAUCGAUUUACUCAAUAUACUUUAUCAAAAUACAAUAAAAAUCGUUUCCCUACAAGGAAGUAAAGAGAAAGUAAAGAGAUUUUAAACGAGUGUUAGUUUUAAUUUGUGAUUUUUUUUUUAUAAAGUAUACACGAAAAAACUCAAUCUUUAAACGAGAAUCUUUCAUUCAGAAUAAUUAACUGCGUUUUAAUAUGAUUGAAAAAGUGAGAAAACAGAUGCAUCUUCCUAACUAUGCCUGAAGGCGAAUUUUGUAUUACAAUCGAAGCAUACGCAGUACGCACACAUUACUAUUACAAUCAUCCUAGGGUUUGUAAGAUAAGAUUUUUAGCGUCUAAACUACAUGCCAAAUCAAGUUUUUCCACGAUCGAAGAACGAUGCGCUUGUGUGAAGAAUGAAUAUAGUGUGUUGCGUUAUUUUAUAAGCAAAAUGUAAAUUGACAUGCGUAUUUAACGACAUGCUUAUGAAAUAAUGAAUAUGAAACUAUGGCCAAUGAAGAAUAUAAAAAAGAAAUAGUAAUCACUUAUGUUUAGUCAAUUUUAAAAUGGUCCCUAUUUAACAUGUAUUUAUUAUUGACCAUCAGUGUGGAUUUUGACAAAAUGUUUUUGAGUAUUUGACCUAUUCAUGUGACGACUGUUACACGUGUAAUUACAAAAGAGAUAUUUCCUGCGUUAAGAUUCGUAUUUAUAUUGUUAAUCCAGAUUUCAUAACCCCUCUUUAUUUUACUUGAAAUCAAAACAGUUUUUAUCGCUAUUUGUUUUCUUGCUCCGCAAUGCCUUCUCGUACAGACGCAGAAAAAAUAAUUAUUUGACAAAGAAAUAGAUGUUGGUAUUUUAGUAAGUGACAAUGCAAAAAGCAGUAUUUACCAUUAUUUCAAGUAACUUAAAGAUAAUGGUUUCUAGUGUGUAUGAGAAUUAAUUUAAGCUGUACCUUUGAAAGAAUCAGUCUAAAAUAUCACUCCCCUUAAUUAGGGAUUCGUAGAUUUUAAAAGCAGAGAAAUAAUAUGAUCAAUACGCGUCAUACAAAUAAAUUUGUUAUGUGGAUGACAAAGAACACACCCUGCACACCUUGACUUGAUAAAAGAAUUACGUAUAAAGAGAAAAAGAAAGAUUUAGAACGAAAAUCAGUAAUAGUCUCUAUCCUAGUCCUAGUCGAAAAUACCAAUCCUACUCGUUUCAUUUUCAAAAUGUUAAGUACACUUGAAUUUGGCAUUGUACAGUCAUAUUAUUUCCAGUGAAGAAUAUGGAUCUUAGUUUGAGUUUUAAGUAUUCUAAUUUUGGUUGAUUAACUGUAUCACUUUGAUGUAUCAUACAACAUGGAGGCUGUUUUACAUAAUUUUACUUAUUACAUUGUACAAAAUAAGUUAUGUAAGAAUCUAUCAGUAAGCUUAUAAAAUUUGAGUUAGGAAGUCUACUCGUUUGACUUUUAAUUUUAUUUUUUAAUGUACACAUAGUGCAUUAUUGUUGAAGUGUUUAAGCGACAUUUUAUUUCGUAAAUAAAAUAAGAGAUUUCAGAAUAUUAA